GCGCUCCGCCCCGCCCCGCGCCGCGCGCAGCCGGGGGGCGCCCGGGCUCUCGACGCGCCGACGGCGGACUAGACGGACGGGCGGACGCCGAGCGGAGCGCCCCGCGGACCAUGGUGCUGCUCCGGGAGCCCGCAGGAGCCUGGCUGGCGCUGGCCGUGACCGUGACCUUGACCGUGACCUUGCGCCCCAGCCCGGGCGCGGCCGUGCCCUGGCAGGACUGCACGGGCGUCGAGUGCCCCCCGCUGGAGAACUGCAUCGAGGAGGCGCUGGAGCCGGGCGCCUGCUGCGCGGCGUGCGUGCGGCGCGGCUGUCCCUGCGAGGGCUACCAGUACUACGACUGCGUGCAGGGCGGCUUCGCCGAGGGCCGCGUGCCCGCCGGCCAGUCCUACUUCGUGGACUUCGGCAGCACCGAGUGCUCCUGCCCGCCGGGCGGCGGCAAGAUCAGCUGCCAGUUCAUGCUGUGCCCCGAGCUGCCGCCCAACUGCAUCGAGGCCGUGGUGGCGGCCGACAGCUGCCCCCAGUGCGGCCAGCUGGGCUGCGUCCACGGCGGCCGGAAGUACCCCGCCGGCCACACCGUGCACCUGGCGCCCUGCCGGGCCUGCCACUGCCCGGACGCGGGCGGGGAGCUCAUCUGCUACCAGCUCCCCGGUUGCCACGGGAACUUCUCUGACCCCGAGGACGGCGACGCCGAGCGGCACUACGAGGACCCCUACAGCUACGACCAGGAGGUGGCCGAGGCCGAAGCGGCCGUGGCCGGCGAGGUGGAGGCCGGGGCGGGGGGCCCCCCGGCUGCCCUGGGGGGCGGGAGUCAGCCCGCGGCCACCAUCCGGGCCACUCCCUGGCCAGCCGCCCUGCCCAGGCCCACGGCCGCCGCCGCCCUGGGCCCCCCGGCCCCAGCGCAGGCCAAAGCCAGGAGGGUGACGCAGGACACGGAGGAGGAAGGGGACGAGGACGGGGAGGAAGCCUCGGACCCUGCGCAGCCGGCAGCAGGGCGCCCCGGGGGGCCGGAAGUGCUGCCCACCACGGCCCCAGCCCCCCAGAAGGGGGUCGAGGCCAAGUCGGGGCUGGAAGAGAACCUGAUCCCCGGCGCCCAGGCCACCCCGCGGGAGGCCCCCGCGCCCCCGCCGGGGUCAGGCUCCGACAGCUUCAUGGCCCCGCAGACCACGCCCAGCUCCCCGCGGGGUCCGAAGGAGCCCAGCGCCCAGCCCAUCCCGCCCACCCCGCGAGUCCCCGAGCGCCCGCUGGGAUUGCCCCGCGCCCAGGCGGAGGACGACUUGGACCCCAACUCCGUGCAUUCUGUCCCCAAAGGCAGCCCCGAAGGUUCCACCAAGGACCUGAUCGAGUCGUGCUGUGCGGCCGGACAGCAGGCGGCCAUCGACAACGACGAGUGCGCGCAGUUCGCGGAGGGCGCGGAGGGCGACGUCUGUCGGACGGCCCAGAAGCACUGCUGCACCUCCUACCUGAAGGAGAGGAGCUGCGUGGCCGGCAUCAUGGCGGCCAAGGAGGGCGAGUCCUGUGGAGCUGAGGACGGCGACUCCUGCGGCGUCUCCCUCUACAAGCAAUGCUGUGACUGCUGCGGCCUAGGGCUCCGCCUGCGGACCGAGGGCCAGCCCUGCGAGGCCAAUCCCAACCUGGGCUACCCCUGCAGCCACGCCGUGCUGUCCUGCUGCGAGGGACAAGACCCCGUCAUCGUGCCCGAGGUCCGCCGGCCCCCGGAGCCUGAGGCUGCGCCGCGCAGAGUUUCAGAGGCAGAGGUGGCGAGCCGGGAGGCCCUGUCCCUGGACACGGAGGCGGAGAUGGCCAACAGCCUGCCGGGCGAUGACCAGGACGAGUGUCUGCUGCUGCCCGGGGAGCUGUGCCAGCACCUCUGCAUCAACACCGUGGGCUCCUACCGCUGCGCCUGCUUCCCCGGCUUCGCGCUGCAGGACGACGGCCGCACCUGUCGCCCAGACGGAGGACCUGCACAGCGGGGGGCCGCCCGGGAGUCCCAACCCCGGCCGGAGUCGCCCCAGCUGCCCCCCAACACCAUCCCGCUGCCCCUGCCGCAGCCCAACACCUGCAAAGACAACGGGCCCUGCGAGCAGGUGUGCGGCGUCGUCGGGGGCUCGGCCAUGUGCUCCUGCUUCCCCGGCUAUGCCAUCAUGGCGGACGGCGUGUCCUGUGAAGACCAAGACGAGUGCCUGCUGGGCACUCACGAUUGUAGCCGGAGACAGUUCUGUGUGAACAGCCCGGGAUCAUUCUCCUGUGUCAAUCACACGCUGCUCUGCGCGGAGGGCUUUAUCCUCAACGCGCACAGCACGUGCGUGGACAUCAACGAGUGUGUGACGGAUCUUCACACGUGCAGCCGGGGCGAGCACUGCGUGAACACCCUGGGCUCCUUCCGCUGCUACAAGGCACUAACCUGCGAGCCCGGCUAUGCCCUCAAGGAUGGCGAGUGCACAGAUGUGGACGAGUGUGCCAUGGGCACACACAACUGCCAGGCGGGCUUCUCGUGCCAGAACACCAAGGGCUCCUUCUACUGCCAGGCGCGCCAGCGCUGCAUGGAGGGCUUCCUGCUUGACCCGGAGGGCAACUGCGUGGACAUCAACGAGUGCACGUCCCUGGCGGAGCCGUGCCGCACGGGCUUCAGCUGCGUCAACACCGUGGGCUCCUACACGUGCCAGAGGAACCCGCUCGUCUGCCGCCGCGGCUACCACGCCAACGAGGACGGCUCCGCCUGCGUGGACGUGAACGAGUGUGAGACAGGCGUGCACCGCUGUGGCGACGGACAGGUGUGCCACAACCUCCCGGGCUCCUACCGCUGCGACUGCAAGCCGGGCUUCCAGAGGGACGCCUUCGGCAGGACCUGCGUCGACGUGAACGAGUGCUGGGCGUCGCCCGGGCGCCUCUGCCAGCACACGUGCGAGAACACGCCCGGCUCCUACCGCUGCGCCUGCGCCUUGGGCUUCCGCCUGGCCGCGGACGGCAAGCACUGCGAAGACGUGAACGAGUGUGAGGCCCUGCGGUGCAGCCAGGAGUGCGCCAACAUCUACGGCUCCUACCAGUGCUACUGCCGCCAGGGCUACCAGCUGGCGGAGGACGGGCACACCUGCACAGACAUCGAUGAGUGCGCUCAGGGCGCGGGCAUCCUCUGCACCUUCCGCUGUCUCAACGUGCCUGGGAGCUACCAGUGCGCAUGCCCGGAGCAGGGCUACGCCAUGACAGCCAAUGGGAGGUCCUGCAAGGACCUGGACGAGUGUGCCCUGGGCACCCACAACUGCUCCGAGGCCGAGACCUGCCAUAACAUCCAGGGCAGCUUCCGCUGCCUGCGCUUUGAUUGUCCGCCGAACUACAUCCAAGUCUCGGAAACGAAGUGCGAGCGCGCCGCGUGCCUGGACCCCGCGGAGUGCCAGGGCUCGCCGGCGCGCAUCACGCACUACCGGCUCAACCUGCAGACCGGGCUGCUGGUGCCGGCGCACGUCUUCCGCAUCGGGCCCGCGCCGGCCUUCGCGGGCGACGCCAUCUCGCUGAGCAUCCCGCGCGGCAACGAGGAGGGCUACUUCGGCACGCGCCGCCUCAACGCGCACACCGGCGUGGUGUCCCUGCUGCGCGCCGUGCGCGAGCCGCGGGACUUCGCGCUGGACGUGGAGAUGAAGCUCUGGCGCCAGGGCUCGGUCACCACCUUCCUGGCCAAGAUGCACAUCUUCUUCACCGCCUUCGCCCCGUGAGGCCGGGCUCGGCUGGACCCUCCGGAGGCGCCCGCGUGACUCUGCGCAUUGCCCCCGUGUCGCCGCGGCACUUCCGUGGGCGUCGGGGCCUCCUGCGCCCCCAGGGAGGCCGCUCCCCGCGGGAGGCCGCUCUCGCACAGGCCCCGGCCAAGUUCAAGGUCAGCCACUGCAAAGGCCCGGAUGCUGGACCCUGCCUGACCGUGCAGAGCCGAAGGACAGCGACCCCCUGGGGGACUUCUGGAUGCAACUGGAGGGCCUGUUCCCAAAGCUGACAUUCCAUUCCAUGUUUCACUGUGAUGAGUUCUUUACUCUUUAAUUUUUUUUUUUAAUUUUUAAGUCAUUUUUAAAGUCUGUUUAAUUAUGAAAGUAGUACAGCUACCUUGUAAAAGAAAUCAAAUAGCACAAAAGGAUUAUAAAGUAAAAAAAGUAAAACGCCA